UUCAAAAUGGCGGCCCCAGGCUGACAACAAAGGCUUUUCAGAGUGACGAUCAACCUCGUGGAAAGAGACGAAUACUACACACGAUGCCCGUGAAGAAGAAAGGAAAGAAAAAGGGAAAGAAAGGAGGGAAAAAGGUGGAGACGCCAGUGGGCCCGGUUGACCCCCUCAAGCCGGACUAUGUUGCCCCACCCCCGAAACCAGGCGAGAAGCUGAUCAAGCUGCUGACGUCACAUCCGGUGGACGAGAAAGAGAUUCAUGGGAUCAAGGUUUCUAGUCGGGUAUUGAAACAGCUCACAGCACAGGAGGUCAGGGACCUCAGGGUCGUCUUUGAAAUAUUCGACUCAGGCAGUACUGGGUUCAUCGGCCCUCUUGAACUAAAAAAGGCUAUGCGUGUCCUUGGCUUCAAAAUCUCUCGAGAGGAAGCGAGAAGAAUGAUCAUGGACGUGAGUCUGAAAGGAAGAGCGAAGAUUGACUUCAACGAGUUCCUGGAGACUGUGAUAGACCGGCAGGGAGACAACAGAGAUGUGUACGAGGAAAUACUGAAGGGCUUCAACAUGUUCGACACAGACGGCUCAGGCUCCAUCUCCCAGGAGAACUUGCGCCAGGCGUGUCGAGACGUGGGCAUAAAGUUCACGCAGAAGGAGCUGCAGGAGAUGAUCGAGGAAGCCGACGUCAAUGGAGACGGCGUCAUUGACAAAGAAGAGUUCAUCAGGAUCAUGCUUCAGACAAACCUAUUCUGACCUUGACCUUAUGACCUCAUAUGACCUCUGUAUCUCGACCCCCUGGACCCUGGUGCAUUGAUGCCUGUGUGAUUCAAGAAUACAUGAUCUGUGUAGCACAGUGACUUCACAGAUGCCAUCUGUAUCUUUUCGUGGAUAGCAGAUGUGCAGACGGUACCAGGGGAUGAACCCAGAAGCAGAGUACAGUGCAGGGAGCUUAGUAUGCCAGCGGUGGACAGGAGCAAGGGGCUGUGUCAAGCUCCUCCACAGCGCCGCCAUUGUCACUCGUACCUUGAGAUAUGAGCGCCACCUGGAGGCACUGGGAGGAGUUGUAUUUUGUAUUUAUGUGUGAUCGGGAGGUUGGAGUUUAAUGAUGAUAAUCUUUUCAAUGCUUUAUGAAAACAAGGCCGGGUGCACAAAGAGAUCUGAGCACAAAGACUACGAUUUAUGUAAUCGCAUGUUGCAGUUUAGAACUGACAGUAGUCAUGGUGUUAAGAUGAAAAGGGGCCUUUGGAGAAGUGCUUCCAUUCAUGUCUAAAGUAAGGGAUGUUACAAUCUGAAGAUCCCAUACCUUAUGGGUAUUGAACAAGCAAUAUUCUUUUAGUGUAUAUAUGCGUAUGUCCAACAUAAUGUGUCAUGUAAAUAAACAUUGCCUCGUUUUCA